UUCUUUUUGCAAGGGAAGUAAGUUACAAGGGCUUACCACGUCUGCAACCGAGAGGGAGCAAGAGAGAAGCGAAUGAAAAUAACCAAGCAGAGAAGUGGGAAAACAAAGAAAACGAACGUAACAGAAGACAAUAGGUGGCCUAAUAGAAUAUUUAAGUACAGUUUUAUAGUAUUGCACAACCGUCAUUUACCUUUUAUAGAAGAAAAUCGUGUUUUAAAGAACCGUUUUACAACUCUCGACCGUUCUUAUUCUUAGCCUGUCUUAUUAAUGCUUGGAGCGUUAUAAUCUUUAUCAUUUAGUUUUUUUUUGUUUUUGUCCGAGAAUUUUUGUUAUGUUUUGACAAAAUACGGAAAAGUGGACAAUAGAGGGCAGCUUUAGAAGAAGUGAUCUAAAGAGAUAGAAAACGUCUUUUGUGCUUGUGUUGCUGGUAUGUUCUCAGCAAUGGUGCUCCAGGUCCAGACGUUGCUGCUCACGCUAACAUACGGACUAUGCGCUAACGGAGCAGCCACGCAGCAAGACCCCAACCCAGAGGCUUGGCUACAGCAGUAUGGUUACCUGCCCCCAGGUGACCUCCACGCCCAGUCCCUCCGCUCACCGCAGUCCAUCACCCAGGCCAUCGCCGCCAUGCAGAGGUUCUAUGGCCUGACGGUCACUGGGCACAUGGACCCGAGCACCACUGCGGCAAUGAAGCGACCACGGUGUGGCGUCCCAGACAAGUUUGGCUCCGAGCUGAAGAGCAACCUGAGGAGAAAACGCUACGUCAUUCAGGGCCUGAAGUGGGACAAGAAGGAGAUCACCUUCAGCAUACAGAACUACACCCCAAAGGUGGGCGAGGCAGAGACCUUCAGAGCCAUCCGGCGGGCUUUCAAGGUGUGGGAGAGCGUGACCUCACUGCGCUUCCGCGAAAUCCCUUUCAAGAACAUCCGCGACAAGCCCGCCAACUUCGCUGACAUCAUGCUCUUCUUCGGCGAGGGUUUCCAUGGCGACAGCACUCCCUUCGACGGGGAGGGAGGCUUCCUGGCACACGCGUACUUCCCCGGCCCAGGCAUAGGGGGCGACACACACUUUGACGCCGCAGAGCCUUGGACCUCUGGCACCACAGACCAAGGGGGGAAUGACGUGUUCCUUGUGGCUGUGCAUGAGCUGGGCCACGCCCUUGGUCUGGAGCACUCUGGGGACCCCAGUGCCAUCAUGGCGCCAUUCUACCAGUGGAUGGACACUGAGAAUUUCAUUCUACCGCUGGACGACCGUCGGGGCAUCCAGCAGAUCUACGGAUCAGGUGGUGCACCUCCACCCCCCUCUCCCCCCCCAAGACCCCCCAAAAAACCAGACCCCCCCUCCCAUGGCCCCAGUAUCUGUGACGGCCACUUCGACAGCAUUGCCAUCUUGCGGGGAGAGAUGUUUGUCUUUAAGGAUACAUGGCUGUGGCGUGUGCAUGAUAACCAGGUUCUGCAAGGCUACCCCAUGCCUAUCGCACACUUCUGGCACGGACUGCCCGGAUCCAUCAAUGCUGCAUAUGAGAGAACUGAUGGAAAAUUUGUCUUCUUUAAAGGGGACAGGUACUGGGUAUACAGUGAGUCCACCUUAGAGCAGGGCUACCCCAAGCCACUGAAGGACCUGGGCAGUGGUCUCCCCAAGGACAGGCUGGAUGCGGCUCUCCUCUACACCCCCAAUGGCAUGACCUACUUCUUUAGGGGGACCAAGUAUUACCGGUUCAAUGAGAACUCUCACUCUGUGGAUCCGGAAUACCCCAAGCCUAUCAGCGUGUGGAAGGGUGUACCUGACAACCUUAAGUCUGCCAUCAUGAGCAAGGAUGCAGCACACACCUACUUUUACAAGGCCAACAAGUACUGGAAGUUUGACAACCAGCAGCUGAGGGUGGAGCCAGGUUACCCCAAGUCAGUGCUGCGUGACUGGAUGGGCUGUAGCGGCGUGGAGCCCAGGGUGCCUGGCACGGAUGAGGAGGUGAUCACGGUGGAGGUGGAAGAGGGGACCGGGGUCGGUCCGGCAGCCGUGGUGCUACCCCUGAUCCUGCUGGUGUGCGUGAUCUGUGCCCUUGGAGCCCUGCUGUUCUUCCGCCGAUACGGCACACCCCGGCGCCUGCUCUACUGCCAGCGCUCCCUGCUGGACAAGGUGUAAGGGUACGGCGAGCGGGGGGGGAGGGAGGCGGAGCUCGGAGGCGAAGAGCGGGAAAGUGAGACGGCUUGGGUGUAAGCAGAUGUGAGAGAACGAGAUGGGUAGGAAGAAAGGCUGGUUAGAAGAGUGGGAAUGGGUAGAGGAAGACAAAAAAGCAGAAAUAUAGGGGUUUCAAAGAGUUUUUGUGUAUCUUUUUAUAGCUCUAUAUAUGUACAUCCCCGUCCUCUUGCAACAGAACAGAUCCGGACCAUGUGGAGAGGUAUACCGCAGCUAAUUUGAUGUUCUUGCCAUUGCUCUGUUCCACACAAAAAUCAGAUACGCAGACAAAUAAAUUGAAUUCCACUGAUAUAUGGAAAUUUAAUUCCCACUGUUCCUCUUUAUCCCUCCACCCCUUCAAUCCCCUUCAUCUCUCUAUCCCUCUUUCCUCCGGUUUGACUCCAGCUUAGUUGCUGUUGAUUUAGCAUUUUCCAGAUUUGUAGUUGUUUUGUGUUACCUGUAAUUCCGACCUGGGGAGCAGCCCAGCCCACAGUCCCCUGCCCCCAUGGUCCUGUCCUGGGCUCCCCUGGUCCCCCAUCAUGGGGUCAGUUCUGGCUCAGGUGGGAUCCUCAUCCCGCUAUCCAGCUGAGUCCUUUGUGAAGUAGAACCAAAUUCAGAUAUGAGGCAGCAGUUACACUCAGAAAUAAAGGCAGACCCUGUUCCUACAACACAGCACGGCCCUACUGCAGCCAGCCUGAUAGCUCAGCAGAGCACACUGCGGUUACGCACAAUUCAGCACUGUGUUGUAUAACACAGACCCCUUCCAUGACACACAAAUAGCAAGGCGCAGUGGGACCUUGUCCAGCGAGAAAGGAUAGGCAGGGUGAAGUAGGAACAGCUAAAUAGAGUGAGCUUUAAUAUGAAUGUGGCCAGUGAUCAACAAAGAAAGUCCCGCACAACAAUAAAAUAAUCUUGAAGUGAUGCUUUAUCUGUUACUUAUGCUUAUGGUUGAUUCAUCAGGACCAAAGGAAGGCAGCGGUGGUUGGAUUUUGUAAUCAGGUUCUGGUUCUGUUUCUGUACAUAGUAACUCUGAGCUACAAGUGAGAUGCUUAGAGACAGUGAGAAUGCAAGCAUUUGUCCAGUCAGUGAUAGAGGGCAGCACAGAUGGUUUUGGUGAUUUCAUGUGCAGUUCCUGAACAUCUCUGACAAGAUGUUCCCUUUCUCCUGGACCCUUCACCUCCUGGCAUCACUUUCAGUUCUAUGGAACACUUCCAGUUGAAUCUGUACUAUUGUGUUCUGCUAAGGUCUACUGCAUAAUUUGUCACGCCAUUUCUGUAGACGUCUACGGCACUUUAGUUCUAGGAAGUGUUCUAUAACAUUACGAAAUUCUUGAUGGCGUCUAUACAGAACUGUUUAGCUGUAUAGCAUCUGUUCCUUCUGUAGUGCUGUGACGCAUUCUACAGAGUUUUAUAUGACCGUUUAGCUUUGGACAGGGAAAUGCCGUCUGUGUGAAUCAGUGGCACAGGAGAACAUCUGCGGUCUGCCCUGGUGGGCAUCUGCUCAUAACCGCCUGCCAAUCAUGUGCACUCACAUGAGUUGGCUUCCACGUCAAGGGAAGCAGUGAUUCACAAUGGCUACUGGCGGCAUAGGACUACUAGGUCAUUGUCUUUUAUAAAGAAGGUUCUUGCAGCUCAUUAAAGACGAGUGUAUGCACAGGAAACGUUUUUAGAACCUUGAACAAUGCAAGCGAUUACACCUGCUUUUAUAUCAUCAGAUUGCAACACCUGUACCACCAAUGAAAUUACACAAGAGUGGCUGUUUCUUCAAGCUAGAGUAACAAUUAAAGCAUGCCUCAUUGGACAGUGCAGAAUGUCCCCAGUGAUGUUAAUCUCACAUCACCCACCCACCCCUCCC